AUGGAGAUGCUGCGAUUCGCCUUGAGCGGCAUCGACCUCGUCAUCUCCACCAUUUCAGGGCAAGCGCAGCUGAACCUCAUCAACGCUGCUGGCCAUGGCCGAGUGAGCUACUUUGUGCCGUCCGAGUUUGAAGGGAGCCUCACGAAGCGCCCGCCCGGCCGCUCUGAUCCCCUCGACCGCGGCGGCGCUGCGGCGCUGACCCUCUUGCGUCAGUGGGCCGACACCGGGAGUCGCAUGAAAUGGACAGCCUUUUCAUGUGGCAUCUUUAUGGAGCGAUUCCAUCCUUAUGGGCUGGCAGCGAGCUUGGGCAUCGGUGUCGGCGAAGGCGUGGGCACGGCGGGCAGUUAUGUGGCAGACAUCAACAACGGCAUUGCAGAAUACACAUCGAGGGGUGCAGAUGGACAUUCGGUAAAGAUUUGCUUGACGAGCGUGCUCGACGUUGUCAGGUUUGUCAUUGCUGCGAUAGAGCUCGAUCCCUCAACUUGGCCGGCCGAGUUUACCAUGAGAGGUGACAGACUGAAACUGACAGAGGUGGUUGACGCCAUUUCUGCCGCUCGAAAUGUUGCAUUCCAAUCCACCAACUUGAACUACCAAGAGUUAGCAUCGCAGAUUGCCUACAACACCGAGAUUGGAAACUACAGCCGGGCAGCCUAUCUUCAAAGGAAUCUGGAAACGGCCAACGGUCGCUACGACUUUUCACGAGCGUCGUUGAACGAGGCUGUCGACAGGAGCAGACGCAUACGCGUACAUCCCGUGAAUUUUGCACAAUGGCUGGCAACCGUUUGUACUUGA